UCCACGUAAGUACUGGCUCCUCUUUCUCUCUGCUUUCACGUCUGUUGCUUGCCUGCUAGCGUUGAUUCCUUGAUAGUUUCCACAACCACACGUCUGCGCUUUCGUUAGAGACCAGCGUCCGUUAACUCCGUUUGGGAUGACCAACAAAGCUACCAUGAAUGGUCUCGGCAGUCACUUCGUCUUGGUCCCCCUGACAGCCCAAGGGCACAUGAUUCCCAUGGUUGACUUGGCUCGUUUACUUGCGGAACGAGGUGCUCGUGUCAGCCUCAUCACCAGCCCGGUGAACGCUGCACGAAUCAAAGCCAUCAUCAACCAAGUGAAGGAAUCUGGUCUCCCGAUACACUUUGCCGAGCUCAAAUUUCCCUGUGCCGAAGCUGGUCUACCGGACGGUUGCGAGAACGUGGAUCUCCUCCCUUCACCAGACUACUACAAAACAUUUUUCGAAGCCACCCACCAUCUCCGGGAACCCCUAACCCGGUACCUGCGAGCACAACGGCCUCGUCCAACAUGCAUGAUCGCGGAUAUGUGCAAUCCAUGGACGGCGGAUGUCGCUCGAGAGCUUCGGAUGCCACGGCUCAUCUUUCACGGGCCUUCUUGCUUCUUCCUUCUAUGCAUCCAUCUCAUGGAGCAACAUGGGAUCUACGACCGCAUAACCGAUGAUUUCGAGCCCGUCCUCGUGCCUGAGCUGCCACAACCUGUCGAGGUCAACAAAGCCCAGGCACCGGGCUUCUUCACCCCAUCCGGGUGGGAAAAGCUUAGAUCACAGGCUUUAGAAGCGGAGUCGACGGCGGAUGGGGUGGUGAUGAACACCUUUGAUGAUCUGGAGCAUUCAUAUAUCGAGCUCUACAGAAAGGUGAUUGGUAAAGAGGUCUGGACUAUCGGGCCAUUGUGUCUCUACAACAAGGAUCCUAACGACAAGGCUGCCAGAGGGAACAAGCCUGCUAUUGACCACCACCGACUUCUAAGUUGGCUCGACUCGAGGAAGCCCAAGUCUGUGCUCUACGUUAGCUUCGGUAGCCUUGUGCGAACGCGCCCUUUGCAGCUCACUGAAAUAGGGCGUGGUUUGGAGGCAUCCAACCAGCCAUUCAUCUGGGUGAUCAAGGACGUGGAAAGGACCUCAGAGGUCGACAAAUGGUUGUCAGAGGGAUUCGAGGAGAGGGUAAGCACAAGGGGUCUUGUAAUUAAGGGGUGGGCGCCGCAGGUGGUCAUCCUGUCGCACCCUGCCAUCGGAGGAUUUAUGACACACUGCGGAUGGAACUCGGUGUUGGAGGCCUUGUCCGCGGGCGUGCCAAUGAUAACAUGGCCUUGUUUUGCAGACCAAUUCCUCAACGAGAAGCUGCUUGUGGACGAGUUGGGCAUUGGUGUGGCGGUUGGGGUGAAAGUGCCCUACUUCUGUCUCACGGAAGAUAGUCCACCGGUAGCAAAGAGGGAUGACAUAGAGAAGGCGGUCUCUAGGUUGAUGCACAAAGGGAAGGAGGGAGAAAAGAGAAGAAAAAGGGCCAAGGAGUUGGCUGGAAAGGCUGUGAGCACAAUGGAAAGAGGAGGGCCUUCCAUGGAGAACAUAGCACGCUUGAUUCAGUACGCUUCGAAGCACGGAAACAAUGAUUCUGAUCAAGAAGAGGAGCACAACAUGUAGAUUUGUUCGUUAAAAGCUGGAGCAGAUCGAAUUGGGCAACCGUCCCCUGAUCCAGGACCUGUAUUGCUAUUCUAAUGAGGUGCCAGGAUGGCUUUUUAUAAUAUUAUAAUAAAAAAAUAAUUAAAUAAA